AUGACUGCAGUGCUGGAGUUUGAGAGUAUAAAACAGGCAGCUAAGCACUUCUCACUCCUACCUUCACUAUCUGCCAUCAUGUCUAGUCCAUGUCUAGUCCAGUACCAGCUGAAGUCUCAGGAGAACUUUGAGUGUUUCAUGAAGGCCAUUGGUCUCCUUGAUGAACUCAUCCAGAAAGGCAAAGACAUCAAGAGCAUCUCUGAGAUUGAGGAGACUGGUGACAACUUCAAAGUCCUAGUAUAUACCUUCACCAUUGGACAGGAGGCUGAGCUGGAGACUGCCACAGGGGAGAAGGCCAAGGCGGUGAUUCAGGGUGAUGGCAACAAGUUGAAGGGCUCCCUGAAGGGAAUCAAGUCUGUCACAGAACUAGUGGAUUUAAACACAACUGUCAAUGUGGGAGAUAAAACUGUGUCUGAGUGGGGGCGCGCGGAGGAGCAGAUGAAACUGGGUCUGAUAGUGGGCGGGCUCACAUCUCCUAGAUGA